AUGAAGUUCACCUACAUGCUCACCGCCCUGGCUAUUGCCCCCGUUGCCCUUGCUGCCCCUGCUCCCGAGGGUCUCGAGAUUGUUGCUCGACACAAGAAGGAGAAGAACGAGACCAAGCACCACAAGGAAAAGCACCACAAGAACAAGCACCACAAGAACAAGACCGAGAAGCACCACAAGAACGAGCGACGAGAGGUCACCCAGCUUCUCAUGUAA